AGUUCUCAGGGGAGAGGGGAAUUAAAAAGGAAAAGCAUCUCUGAAGGGGGAGGGAGGGAGCUGUGUGUACACACAUACUGGCUCCCUCCCUCCCCGACUUAGCCUGAGCCUCACCCAGGAGAGGAGCGUCUUCUCUCUGCUCUUGGAGCUGCCUCUGUUACUUCCCCGCCCAUCUGUGCUGUUAGCAGCACCAGCAAAGUUGGCCUCCAACUUGAACAGAGCCCAGGGCUCCAGCUUCCCGAAGCUCCUCGGGGGCAUCAGACAGGCCUCAGCCUCUGAACUCGGGCUGCCUGGAGAAGCCGACCCUGCCAUCUAGCCCUGGCUUCCCUGGGUGACACUUCUGCCCCUGACCUGUAGGCCCCUGGAUCUGGGCUGAGGAAUGGUGUGCUGAGGUCCCUCUGGAGCCGAUCGUCUCAGCCUGAAGCCCCAAGCCAACAUGGCCAACCCUGUGCAGCCUCAGUUUCCCUUGGCUCAGGAGCCCGGCACUGCCUUACCCCUGGACCUGCCAGAGAUGGAGAAGCUCCUCACGAAGGUGGAAGGCAAGGAUGACAAGCCACUGAAGCUGUCCAAGUCCCUCUCCGGGGCCCUGGACCUGGAGCAGAAUGGUCAUGGCCUGCCCUUCAAGGUGGCUUUUGAGGGGCGACAGGAAGCCACACUGCCAUGGUCUCCCUCUCGGGCCAGCUCUAGGAGGGCAUCCUCCGUUGCCACUGCCUCCUCUGCCCAGGACCAAGAAGUCCCCAAAGAUUACCUCAUCCUUGCCAUCGCCUCCUGCUUCUGUCCCGUCUGGCCCCUCAACCUCAUCCCCCUCAUAUUUUCUAUCAUGUCCCGAAGUAGCGUGCAACAGGGGGACCUGGAUGGGGCUCGGAGGCUGGGUCGCCUGGCCCGGCUGCUCAGCAUCACCUUCAUCAUCAUGGGAAUCAUUAUCAUCAUCGUGGCCAUGACCGUCAACUUCACAGGUGAGGCCCCGUCACAGGGAGCCAAGCAAGCCAGCUUGCUCGGGACUACGGAAGGGUGCAGCCCAGCUCCCUGGGGAGGGGGCAGUGGGAAUGAGUUCCAAAGAAAUAAAACCAACCGGGGCACUGCGCUGGUGGAGGCAGCCCUGGCCGGCUGGAGGCCUCCAAACUCACACACCCCACCUCCCGCGGGAGCACAGGACAGUGACGUCCCUGAGCCCCCAAAGCACGAACUUGGAGGGAAGCCCCCAGGUCUCCCCACUGUCAGCCCACAUUAGAUGCAAAAAGCAAGAAGAACGAAUAAUGUGGUUUAAUCUGAUGGACACGGCCCGGUGUUUGGCCUCGGUGUACUGGCUUGUUUCUUAUCCCUACGAUCUCCUGACUCACCAAGCAGCACAUAUUGCCUGUCGGAAGGGGAACCAGCUCCGCGGAGGAGAUGCAGAGGAGAAACAGCACAUUCCCUGUGUGUCUGAUGAGCAGGAGCCAGGACGUGGGACUUUCUCUUUUGUAUUUUUGUGGGCGGGGUGGGGGGUGCCCGGGUGUAAAAAAGAUUAUUUGCAUGCCUUGUGCCACAUGCUUGCUUCGAUCCCAGCUCAGAGGCUCAGCUGCCGCCCAGCACACACCCUGGGACCUCCUUGGGCACCCAAGAUGUGCAGGUGCCUGGAGAGAGGUGACGGGCCCCCUGCAUCACAGGGCGGAGGUACCAGAAGGAAUGCUGGUGAAGACAGGACUAGGAACUGCACCUCUUCUCUAGCUUUUCAAUUUCAGGAUCAUCUCUGCUGAGAGCUCCGGUCCCAACACGUCUCCCCGGAUGACCCAGCCUGCCUCUUGCUCCCUCCCUACCUGUGCCGUUGCCUGGGGUCUGACCCCAGACCUGCUCAGCCCAUGAGGAGCCCAGACCUGAGCUUGCCUCCUGCGAUGGCCUCCCUGAUGGUCUAGGGUACAAACUUGGGACCCCAUGCAGAGUAGUUCCCAGCCCAGAAGCCCCUGAUGCUCUGUGCUUUACCCUGUGUCCCUGGCCAUCCACAGACUACAAAGGCUUUCCCUAGAGGGGGUUUUGGGAACACCUUUGGUGGGGGACUUCCCAUGGGCUCCCAGGCUAUUAGCAGGGAAUGGGUUGGAGGGUUUGAUGAAGGUUUAGUGUUGAUUUGGUCUAGAGAGUUCUAAGAUGGAGGGAAGGGCCUGGCUGUAGGGGCCAGUCUGGGAGAGUGGGAGGCCCUGGGCUUGGGAAUACACUCAUGUGCCGGGAGACAGGGAGUGACACUAUGGCUUCUGUGUCAGGACCUAAGUUGACAACUGAAAGGACUGAACAGGGUCCUUUGACCUCCUGCCUGGUUUCUUGCCCUGGGAUUCUCCCCAGACUUCUACUGGCACAGGCUCUGCCCACAGGGGCUUCUCCUAGGCCCACCUACCUUGCUGGCUUCAGCUCCCAGGCCCUGCCCAGUAGCCGGUGGGCGUUAUGGCCCCUGAUGGGAGGGCCUGUUCCCAGCCACAGCCAGACUAGCCCCAGGCUGGCAGACAUGGUUUCCCCUGCACCCAUUCAGAGCCCUCGUGCCUUCUCUCAGGUCCCCUGCCUGUCUCCCCGACGCUCCUCAGAGCUCCUGGGAGGGAGCCUGUUAGCACAGAGGCUCUGUCUACCAGGAGGAGUCCCAAGAGCAGCUCUGAACUUUCUAGAAGGGCCUUGGUGGCAGGGGAGGGAUGCAGGGCCCAGGGGCACUGGGCGGAUCCCUCUGGGGCCCAGCAUUCCUGUUCCAGCGUCAGUUCCUCAGUUCCUCCCCUGGGGAGCAAACUCCGGAAGGAGGGGCUGGCUUUGCUUUACAGGACCUCUGAGGCCCAAAUAGAGAUGCCUCUGUUGGGGGAGGGAGAGAGGGAGCCCAGAGUAUUUGUGUCACUUGCCAAGUCAGGUUGGGCCAGGAGCUGUCAUGACAUCUGUGGAACUGGCCGCUCAUGAGUUGGUGGUCUCCUGGCAAGCCCUGGGGACCACAGCUUCAGCACCCCAGGGGGAAGAGAGAGGGUGACUAGCUGGUUUAGGCAUGGUCCUGUCCGGAAAAUGAUGGCCAAGGCGGGGCUGGUGCUGUGACUGGCGUACACACCCAGACCUGCCCUGGAUCUGCACAGGCACACACUUGUCCACACUCAAAGCCCAGAAAAGAGAAGCCACUGGCAGACAGCCACAGGACAGCGGGGGCGUCCUUCCGUUCAGGAGAGGACAACUUGGGAAACUUGUAGUUGUACCAAGGACGGAGCUCAGAGGCUCUGAGCAUUGUGGAGGCAGAGGCCCCUGGAGUCUGAUCCCUCUGGCCAGAGGACCAGGAACCCUGCAGAGAGACUGGGGGGGAGGGUCCCCUGACGCCUCCACCCACAGGCAGCCUGGCACCCCGAGGCCUCACCCCUUGCUGUCCCUGCUCCACUGGAGGUCCAGCCGCUGGCCACAUGAACCCUCCAGCUUGGGGCGCUGACGCAGCCUCUCCCUGUGUCCCAGGGGGAGAACUACCCCCACCGCCACCCGGCAGGUGGCCCCUCUGUAUCGCUUGGCUUGGGAAGAAAUAAAGCUGAAAGUAAACAUGCA